UCUAUCAUUACUGAACAAAGCGUUCGAAAGACUACAGAUCCAUUAAUAGAGAUGGCAGAAACCGCCCCAGCUGCAGCCGCCCCACCGGCCAAAGCGCCCAAGAAGAAGUCCGCCGCUAAAGCCAAGAAAGCAGGUCCAGCUGUCGGUGAUCUGAUCGUUAAAGCCGUGUCCGCAUCCAAGGAGAGGAGCGGCGUGUCUCUCGCUGCUCUAAAGAAAGCUCUCGCUGCCGGUGGUUACGACGUGGAGAAGAAAAACUCCCGCAUCAAGCUCGCCAUCAAGAGCCUGGUGACUAAAGGCGUCCUGCUGCAGGUCAAAGGAACCGGCGCCUCUGGAUCCUUCAAGAUCAGCAAGAAGGAGACCGAGACCAAGAAGAAGCCGGCGAAGAAAGCGGCUCCUAAAGCCAAGAAGCCCGCGGCCAAGAAACCCGCUGCUGCCAAGAAGCCCAAGAGCGCAGCGGCAAAGAAGCCCGCCGCUAAGAAAUCACCCAAGAAGGCCAAGAAACCCGCUGCCGCCGCUAAGAAGGCCACCAAGAGCCCCAAGAAGGCGAAGAAGCCCGCGGCGCCCAAGAAAGCAGCCAAGAGCCCCAAAAAGACCAAGACCGCCAAACCCAAGACAGCGAAGCCUAAAGCUGCCAAGCCUAAAAAGGCAGCUCCCAAGAAGAAGUAAAAACCUGCUGUUUUAUUCCCCAACGGCUCUUUUCAGAGCCACCCACGAACUCGAAAGAAAGAGCAAAACUAUCGAUCUGCGCUUUAUUUGUGGAAGUGAAUUAUUAGAAGUAUAUGUGAGGUUACCUUGACUCACAAAUCUUUACAUCUCGACUGCAUUUAGAAAAGCCACAAAGAUUUGUAUGGUUAUUAUAUUAAAAGCUUUAAUGAAUCAUUGCUCUUAAUCUAGUUAUGUUAAAAAGGCGUUUAUUAAAGCGUUUUGCCUUGAUACUUAUUUUGAAAUACUUUAUAACACACUGACACA